AUGUCGAAUCCUCGAACCAAGCGUCAAUUCGCCGGUGCGGCAGCUGAUCCCGCCCAACGCCAAAUCACAUCCUUCUUCACCGGAUCGCCCAACUCCAGCCAUCCCGCAGCACCCCAGCCCACGCUGCGCCCCGAAUUGCCCGCCAACGUUCAGGCGAACCUCCUCAGCGUCGGCAUGCGGGUGCGCAAGUCCGUGCCCGAAGGCUACAAGACCAUCGAUCUCGCUAAAACCAGCUCUGCCCCGAACGGCAUUGCGACCAAGGAUUUGCGGCGGCCGGCGGUAGUGGCAAAGCAAGUGCCGAACGAGCUGCUGCCCUUCUGCGGAAUCAACAAGGUUGGCGGAUUGGAUACCCAGCCUGAAUCUCAGUUCUUCGAUGAGGAUGUCCCUGCUCUGGACAAUAUUCCCGAACUUAGCAUGUCGCAGGAGAGCAUGGACAGCGUCGUUGAUGGCGAACCCUCUCGAAAGCGGACUUUUUAUGAUGAAUGCCAGUGGGAUAUCGAUGCGAGCGAGGCAGAAUACAGACAGCCCCAUUGGAACGACAGGCCAAUUGCUGUGCCGCACUCUCAAGUCAAGAAGGCGUUUGCGCCUGGGUGUUUUGAAGAGGAAAACAUGGCUGUGGAUGGCGAUGGGGAUGAAGAUUUUCCAGAUGCCGAUUUCUUGGUCUAUGCUUCAGAGCAAUGA